UAAUCAGCACGCUUUGCUCAUUAAAUUAACAUACAAAGGGGAAUAUAAUUGAUACUAAAAUCUGUAAGAUGCCUCUGAACAUUGAUCUGAAUAAGUUCCCUGUUGAAAGCGAGCAGUUUGAGGAUGCUGCUGCCCUUCUUUAUCUGAAGCACAAGCAGAUAAGUAGUAUCGGAUGUCUUGGAUCCGUUUCUUCUCUAAGUGAUGAAAAUGGCAUAGGUUAUGAUGUCGAGCUGCAACUUUCCUCUGCAUGUUUUUCUUCGGCUAGGUGCCCAUCAAGGAGGAAACGGCCAGCUAAAGUUGCUUUUGAUGAGAGCCAAUCAAGGAGGAAAUGCCCAGUUACUGUUGCCAAGGGCCCGUCAAGGAAGAAGCGACCAGCUACAGUUGCCUUUGAUGAGAGCCAAUCAAGGAGGAAACAACCAGUUACAGUUGUCAAUGAUGAGAGCUUGGAAACUGAUACUUCUCAAUCAGGUGUGCUCUGUCUGCCCAUUUAUUUUUGUAUAAUACAGCUUAUAGAAAACAUUAUUAUCGAUGAUGAUAAGUUUUUCUUAAAGAAGACAUUGGAGUCAGUG